AUGGAAAAAUGCAAUCUCACCACGAUGGAUGACUUCAUCCUGAUGGGCAUCACAGAUCGCUCUGAGCUGCAGGCUCCACUGUUCCUCCUGUUCCUCGGCAUCUACCUGACCUCGCUGCUGGGCAACCUGGGCAUGAUCAUCCUCACCCAGGUGGACCCCAGGCUGCAGACUCCCACGUACUUUUUCCUCAGACACCUGGCUCUCACUGACCUUGGCUAUUCCACAGCUGUGGGACCCAAAAUGCUGGUAAAUUUUAUUGUGGAUGAAAAUACAAUCUCCUACUAUUGCUGUGCCACACAACUUGCUUUCUUUCUUGUGUUCAUCAUUUGUGAACUUUUUGUUUUGUCUGCGAUGUCCUAUGACCGCUAUGUGGCCAUCUGCAAGCCUCUGCUUUACACUGUCAUCAUGUCCCAAAAAGUGUGCUGGAUGCUGGUGGCAAUUCCUUAUCUUUACAGUAUACUUGUUUCCCUUCUCAUCACCAUAAAGAUUUUCACCUUGUCAUUUUGUGGCUACAAGAUCAUCAGUCACUUCUGCGACAGUCUCCCCUUGUUAUCUUUGCUCUGCUCAAAUACAUAUGAAAUUGAGAUGAUCAUUUUGAUCUCAGCAGGUUUUAAUUUGGUUUCGUCUCUUGUCGUAAUCCUUUUUUCUUACCUGCUCAUCCUUACAGCCAUUCUCCGGAUGAAGUCUGCAGAGGGCAGGAGCAAGGCCUUCUCCACCUGUGGGUCCCACCUGACCGUGGUCACCGUGUUCUACGGGACCCUGAUAUUUAUGUACGUGCAGCCCAAGUCCAGUCACUCCUUUGACACUGACAAAGUGGCUUCCAUAUUUUACACCCUGGUCAUCCCCAUGUUGAAUCCCUUGAUCUACAGCUUGAGGAACAAAGAUGUGAAAUGUGCCCUAGGAAAGACGUGGAAGGGUGUAUGCAAUAUUUUUCCUAAAUCUUCACACACGAUAUAA